AUCGCGCCGCUCGCGUCGCCAUCUGGCGAACGAGCCGACAGUCAGUCCUGCAAAAUGGCGCUCAAGGCACAAGUCGGUCAAAAGAUUAUGAACGAGGUGAUCAAGCAAAAGAAGAAGUCAACAGGGUCAACAGAAUGGCGGAUCUUGGUGGUGGAUCAGCUCGCCAUGAGAAUGGUGUCUGCCUGCUGCAAGAUGCACGAUAUCAGCGCUCAGGGUAUCACUCUGGUAGAGGAUAUCAAUAAGAAGCGCGAACCUCUGCCGACGAUGGAGGCCAUUUACCUCAUCACGCCUUGUAAUUCGUCGGUGCAGAAAUUGAUCGAAGAUUUCAGUAACCCGACAAGAACCACUUACAAAGUCGCCCACGUGUACUUCACGGAAGCAUGCCCUGACGACUUGUUCAAAGAAUUGUGUCACUCGCUGGUAGCUAAGCACAUAAAGACACUAAAAGAGAUCAACAUCGCUUUCAUACCAUACGAAGAGCAGGUCUUCUCGUUGGACUCACGUGAAACUUUCGCUUGCUUUUACAACCCCUCCUUCUUUAAUUUGAGAUCAGCUAAUAUGGAGCGUAUUGCCGAACAAAUCGCGACACUCUGUGCCACUCUUGGAGAAUAUCCAUCAGUUAGAUAUCGCAGUGACUUUGAUCGCAAUGUUGAACUCGCUCAAAUGGUGCAGCAGAAGCUAGACGCAUACAAAGCUGAUGAACCAACAAUGGGAGAAGGACCUGAGAAAGCACGUUCUCAAUUAUUGAUUCUAGAUAGAGGAUUUGAUUGCGUCUCACCUCUGUUACAUGAACUUACACUGCAAGCCAUGGCAUAUGACUUGCUGGACAUUGAUAAUGAUGUCUACAAGUUUGAGGCAACAGCAGGUCAGGAAAAAGAAGUAUUGUUGGAUGAAAAUGAUGAUUUAUGGGUAGAACUCAGGCAUCAACAUAUUGCCGUAGUAUCUCAGAACGUGACUAAAAAUUUGAAAAAGUUUACAGAAUCAAAAAGAAUGCCGCAAGGUGAUAAGCAGAGUAUGCGAGACUUGUCGCAGAUGAUCAAAAAGAUGCCGCAAUAUCAAAAAGAACUGAGCAAAUAUGCCACACAUUUACAAUUAGCCGAAGAUUGCAUGAAACGCUAUCAAGGAAAUGUAGAUAAGCUUUGUAAAGUGGAGCAAGACUUAGCCAUGGGUACCGAUGCAGAAGGUGAACGUAUUAAAGAUCAUAUGAGGAAUAUCACACCGAUUUUACUUGAUCAGACUGUGAAUCAUUUGGAUAAAUUACGUAUUAUAGCUUUAUAUGUUAUCAGCAAAAACGGUAUCACCGAUGAGAAUCUUAACCGUUUGGUUCAUCAUGCCCAAAUAUCUGUUGAUGAUAAACAGACUAUCGUCAAUAUGGCAAAUCUCGGGAUCAAUGUUGUUGUAGAUAGCAAUCGCAAAAAAUUAUAUACCGUACCACGUAAAGAAAGAAUUACGGAGCAAACCUACCAAAUGAGCCGUUGGACUCCAGUUAUCAAGGACGUUAUGGAGGAUUCCAUCGAGGAUAAACUUGAAACCAAACAUUUUCCAUUCCUUGCCGGACGUGCAGCCAGUUCAGGAUAUCAUGCACCAACCAGCGCACGAUAUGGCCACUGGCACAAAGACAAAGGUCAACAGACCAUCAAAAACGUUCCUCGUUUGAUCGUUUUUAUAGUUGGUGGAGUGUGCUACUCUGAAAUACGAUGUGCAUACGAAGUAACGAACGCAUUAAAAAAUUGGGAAGUCAUAAUUGGUUCAUCCCAUAUAAUUACACCGAAGUCAUUCCUAAACGACUUGAGUAAACUACACGUCUAAACGAUCGUUUAUCUAUAACAGAAGAGAUAACAUUCCUGAAUUUCUAAUUUGCCAUUAGCUUCAAUUCCAUCAGUAAUACCAGCUAUGAAGCCAUAAAUGAUCUCGAGUAUGAAAUUAAAGUAUUUAACUAAAUAACAAACACAGAGUCAAUUUUUUAAACGAGGGUGCCUCAUUCCGGAAAUAUCAAGCAAGUCCCGUUGUCAGUUGAAUAACAAUGAAAGUAUUCGUGUAUUAAUUGAGCACGAAGAGUCUUGAUCAGACCGAGUUAUCAAGUGCCUGCGCGAAUACAUGUAAUCAUCAAAGAUCGUAUGAGACACUUUGGUAGUACUGAUAUAGAUCGCACGAAGCUGUAUAAUGGUAUCGAGCCUUUAGCGAAGCUCUAGAGAUAUAUUCGCGAUCGUUAUUCUUUAUCGGUAAUAAAAAGGAAUUUGUGAAGAUCUAUGUGCGUCAUAGAGAAGAAUCGUGAUAUUUCUGUAUAUUUCUCGUUGUUAAUAAUAUUUUAUCUUUCCCUCGUGUUCAAGUUAACAUCUUAAAUGUAGAUUGUUUUCGUUCGUCGAGCAUACUUUUACUGCUUCUAAAAAAAAUUCUAUUAUAAUAGAAAUGUCAAAUCUAAAUGUCAUGUCGUAUUUCGCUUUAUUCCUUUCAACUGUAUCAUCGAUGUAAGAGCGAUACAGUUAUUUAUUCAAUAUUAUUAUUACUUAAAUCUACUAAUUAAUAGUAUUGAAUGUAAAAUAAAAUCGCUAGAUGUAUACAGCCCGAGAAUAUAAUUGUUUUCCCUUUGUUAACUUAUUUAUCUGUACUUUUAGCGUUUUACACACUCUACGCUUCAGUUAACCGAUUGCCAAUUCAGAUGCUACAUUUAAUGUAAUUCAUAUAAGUAUGUAUUAUGUAAUAUUCACGAUAUACAAUGUUCAGCUCUCUUUGACAAAUUCGAUUAGUGACUAGUUUUGUGUUGAAUAUAAUACAGAUAUAAAUAUAAUAUACCAAUAUGUAUGUAUGUACGUAUCGCAAGAUUAUCGCAACCGCCUCGCGAUUGUGAUAAAUAAGCGCUUUCUCUCAACCAGAAGCUUACGGUUGUUGAUGAAUAAUAACGAUAAAAAUUAUUAAUGUGAUGUCAAUAAAUGUUGCGAUCUACUAGUGGAGAGAUUAUUACAAAGUUAAACGAUAUUUAUAAAGUAUAUCCUGUUACAUAUAUGUAUGUAGAUUAUAGUCUGAGCAGUGUUCUACUUAUAAAGGCCUAUGAUGCGCUCUA